AUGUCGAACUCCUACAUCCGGCCUCCUCAUUAUCAGAGACAUCAUCAGUCCAUGCUGUUAAAUCUUUGCAGCAUACACCCGUACUUUGAGACAGAUAAUUUCGACCGCGAGUACCAAAAAGAGCUUGCUUCGGUCAUUUCUCAAUAUCCGUUGACUGGUUUGGACUUUUGUUAUUAUUGGACUGAAAAGGUCCUGUGGAAUAGAUUUCAAUUAUCUAGUGCAUAUGGCGAGUUUCCUGGUAGAUAUGGUGGUCCUGAGUAUAUUAUUCAACAACAAGUUGGACAAUUGCCUCCCACUCCAGAAUCUGCUGAACCAGCACCUGCGAUAUCCGCAGAUUUCUUUGAUAGCAUCCUAGAGACUUUGGGGACCCCAAGCCGCUCUGCGAAACCUGCCCAGCCAAUCAGAAGUCAGACUCCAGAGAUAUCUAAAGCUACCCACGAAACACCUGUUUCUGGACCUGUUCAACAACGAGUGGAUCUCAUGGCAAUCCCAUCUCAAAAACUAGCUCAGAAUCAUUUUGAGGGAUACCUCAAGCCUCCAAAUACACCAGCUUCGGUACCAAUACAAGCACCUCGAGAUUACCCCAAAGACUUUGUCUAUCCCGAAAGCCCAUACACUCCAGUACAAAACUCUCAAGGCUUUGCUAAUGUCCCACUCAAUCCCAAAGGCCUAGGCACCUCGCAGACUCCCAAUGAAAUCCCAGUAUCAACCGCUGGAACCGAGUCUCUGACUUCAACCCCUUCAUCGAUCUUAACUGCUCGGCUUGCUUUACCUGGUCUCUCCAAUCCCAUUGAAACAUCCAACUCUACACCUGCCGCACCAUCCUUGUCGUUGGCACCUCUUCCUCCUCUCCUACUCCCCGAUUCAGUUGUCAAAGAUCCUGACACUGGUGAACUAAUCACGAUAAAGAUGUUUGAGCGUCGAUGUCUUGGUCGUGGUGCUGAAAUUGCCAUCAGACAGGCACAAGCUGCCGUCAAGGCGACACCAAAUCGUAUGACCAAGCCUAUAGCCCAAAUGAAUCGCCCUCCAAAUAUCAAUAAUGAAUCGAGUGGUGACUCGUCCCCGUCCUCAUUCCAGUCAAGAAUGAAUGGCAAAAGUUCCCUUCCCUUCAGACCACCACCAUUGGAAUUCGAGAUGCAAUCAAAGAGGAAGGCCGAAAAUCACACGGGACAGGGAGCCUCUUUCAUCUUUCAAGGCGACAACAAAGAUACUUUCAGUCAUGAGAGACUGUUUACAGAGUCACAAUCAUCGCAACUUUUCGCUCAACCUGAGAUGUAUACCAACACCAGCACACCGAUAACACCAUACCAAUUGGCAUGGCCAAGCCAAGAAAUUGACAUGAUUGGAAUCAAUGAUCCGCAAGUGCAAACAACUUAUUCCAAUUUGCAAACGAUCAUGGGAAACAACCCAAGGCUAGUCAUGAUUACUGGAAACGAUCUGCGGACGAUGAACAAUCAACAGCCAGGCUACUUGAUCAUUCCGAUAGGACAACAAGAUCCUUCUUUGAAGCAUGAUUCGACAAAAAGUGCAUCCAUGGACUUUGAUCGAUCAGAACAGACUGGUGCGCAUUUCGAUGUAGCCAGCUACAAGACAAAAAAGAAAGAACUAAAUGCAUUCAAUCGUCUUGGCCCUUGCGCGAACUGCAAAGAUCCAACUCAUCAACUAGGAGUAUGCAUGAUCUGCAAUGUUGAAGGCUAUAUGGAUGGAUGUCCCGUCUGCAACAGUCUUGAUCAUCAGUUCUAUGAGUGUGAAAAGCAAGGUCGUGCCAGAAACACAGUAUGGAAUUACGCCGUGAAAAUGCGCAAUAAUAAGCCUCCCUUGAGAUUAUUGCAAGACCAUAGACUCAUCGAGAAGUUUGGCAAAAUUACCAUCAAACAUAAAUCAUUCUCGCCUUGGACUGCAGAAUUUGCUAAGAACAAUCGAGACCUUUGGAAAAAUCCCCAGGUUUUUGACUCGAGAAGCAGGAAGAAAGAGUCUAAAUAUCGCGAUCCUGCAUGGAAACAUCCAAAUCAAGUACCACUACAAAUAUCUAGGAAAGAUAUGCAUCUUGUUAAAGAUCUUGAAGGGGAAUUAAGAAAACUCGAGCUCUAUCUGAAAAGCUUGACAGAAAAUGCAGAGAAGAUAUCAGUACGACAAUCAUUCUAUCCGGACAUGGCUCAAUCUUUUAGCACAGGUGAGGUGGAGAACCAUAAUCGCAAGGCAAGCAGGGAGGAAAUUCGACAAAUCUUUAAAGAAAUAUACCAACAGCCACAGAGCCAAAGAGCUGGAAAUUCCUAUCAGAUUGGAGCAGAUCAGGAAACUCGGUCUCAAAUCCAGGAUAACACAAAAGAGCAAGAAAGAUCUAGUCUUCCAGCUUAUUCAAACGAGUCGCCUAGCGGUGGUGUACUAUUGCAAGCUCCAAGAGUCCGAACCUACAAUGAAAUGAUUGCAGAGGAACAUGCCGAGAUUGCGAGGAGAACAAAUGCAUGGCGUCAGGAAAAGGAGAGAAUAGAGCAAACAUCAUCAGCAUUCAUUUCAACCAAAGCACAACGACCUCACGUACCAUGA